AUGAGAUAUCCCAUGAGGUCAUUCGGGUCAGCUUUCGGGUCUUUGGAGUCAUGCAGUAUGGGGGAGUUCCGAUACGAGGCCCUCAGCGUGUCGGAGAUCAAGCGGCGCUGCGACGAGAAGACUGCCAGGAAGGCGACGGCAGCAUUAGAGGUGCCCGUGAGCGGUCGUCCAGCUCCCUCGGCGAUGGAAGUUGAUGUUGAAGAUGCCGCCCAGCCGAGGGCCCCUACCAUCAUAUCGGGCGCGCAGCGCCAGAUAGCUUCUCGUUUGCAGGGGACUUCUCGGAGGGCCAAGUGUUUGGCCGAGAGCCCCGCGGUGAAGGGCAUCUCGACGCCGAGCGCGGUGGGGGCGGCGUCCCCGAGCGUGGUGCCCCUCGGCGCUCUUCAAUCGAUGGGCAUUCGUGGCCCCAGCGGCGCCGCGUCGGCCAGCGGGGCCAUCGGGCCGCGCGACUCGGUCUCCCAGGUCGGCGAGGACGAGGGCCACCAGCGCGGCCUGUGCCCUGUGCUGCAGUCGCCGAGCGCAGAACUGCUCGAGUCAGACCCGUUCAAGUUCAAGUGA